AUCUGAGUGCAUCGCUCUUACCCUCUCAGUAGCCUACUAGUGUGUGUGCGUGUCUCAGUGUGUGUUGUCACUGUCCUCCAACCUACUCCCAGCUCAGCAUGGCCAGAUUUACACAGAGUGAAAGCAGAAGGCAUCAGCAGCAGCAUCAUCCCCAGCCGCCUCAUCCCGCCCCCGUCAACCUGCUUCUACAGCAGCCGCUCUUACUUAUCCCUCAUCAGCAUCAGCUCGAUCACAGCCCUGUUCCGAAGCCCAUGAACGGACCCGAAACCGUCUCCAUGCACACGGACAGCGGCGCCAUGAAAGACCAGGACGCCAUCAAGCUCUUCAUUGGACAGAUACCGCGGAACCUCGAGGAAAAAGACCUGAAACCUCUCUUUGAGCAGUUUGGGAAAAUCCACGAAUUGUCUGUUCUGAAGGACCGAUACACAGGCAUGCAUAAAGGAUGUGCGUUUCUCACCUACUGUGCCAGGGAGUCUGCCAUCAAAGCCCAGAAUGCAUUGCAUGAGCAGAAAACCCUACCUGGGCCCCCUCCUGGACCCUACCCUCCCAGCCGCUCUCCUGUAACCUCCCUCAGACCCGCGUCUCCCUUGCCCCCUCGCCUGUACUACACCACACCCACAUGGCGCCCCCCUCCUGUGAUAACAAACCAUCUACUGCAAACCUCAGCCCUCUCCUUAACUCCCAUCAGCCCCCCGCGCACACAUUCCGGUUACUCCCAUCAGGACGCACGCCUCCUGGACUCCCGUUCAGGCCCCCCUACCUAG